AUGGGAGGUGUCAAAGUGUUCACCGCCGUCUCUUCGAAGCUCCCGUUCGCGUGGAUGGACUUCACCACCGCUUUUGCCAUGCUGGCGAGCCUCAUGUGCUUCGCCUCCUCCAUCAUCUACCCCACCUUCUUCACCUGCAAGGACUGCCACCGUCAGAUCGGAGCGUCCGUGGUGUCCUGGGUGUGUUUCGCCGCGUAUGCAGGAGAAGUGGUCUUGACCCGCCUCCGUCCGAGCGGGGAGCACAUAGGUUUCCUCGCCACGGUGCCGGGCAUCAUGAAGAUGUUGGAGACGUUCCUCGUCUGUCUCAUCUUCACGUCGCUGGAGACGAAUCAGUACUCGAACGACCACGCCCUGCAGUGGUGCGUCGCCGUGUUCUCCCUGUGCUUCAUCUUUAACAUCGUGGUCAUCCUGCUCACCAUCGGGCCGUUCACCUCUUACUUUCCGAUCUCCUUUGACAAAGUGGUUAUCGUUUAUAAUAUUCUAGCAGCAGUGAUGUACGCGACGGCGAUGGUCAUCUGGCCACUGUACAGUUUCAAAACAAAGCGACCCGUUAACUGUGGACACCUCUGUCCCUGGGACAAACUGGUGAUGGUCACCUUCAUGACCAUCUUCAACUUUAUCGUUUACACACUGGACUCUGCCUACUCCAUACGCCUCGUGUUCUUUGUCAGCCACCAGUGACACUGCUGCUUCAUGAAACAAGAACUGGAAACAAAAAUGAGUCCUGGGUUUGACUUUGUGGAUCUGAAGUUUGAGGGUUUUUAUAAUUUUUAACAAAAGGUUAUGAGUUCCCCUCGAGUUGAUUUGUGUUGUUGUGGAUGGGAUGCACAACAAACUGUGUAUUCUGCUCAUCAAUACAAGGAGAUUCAUGACAAUGUUCCUGUUGAGUUUAAUGUGGAAAUAGAAGUAGAGUUAGGUAAUGAUUACAACUUAAUCACUGUCGUAAAAAUUAAAAAUAGCCUUGAAGAACUUUGGAUCCUGAUACACAAAGAGUCAUCAAACAGUGCAGGAGAUUAAACUGAGCUCCUAUUACUCGGGUUAUGUCAGUGAUAUUGUGCAUCUUAAAAUAUAUGUUUAUUUUCACAUUUGUA